UUCCUGUGCACAGUUAGGUAGGACUGAACCAUUUGAUGUUUGCACUAGGGCUAUCUGGCAAAAAAGAAUGGGCAGAACCAUUUGAAAUUUAUUUCAGAAGUUCCAAGAGGUGAAAGAGCUGAAAUAUUAUACUAGGGGCCCUUGGAAUCAUCCACUCUGCAGUUGUAACCUCUUAUCAUUAGAUGCAUCAGCUGGAAAAAAAUAUCCAGGUUUUGUAUCUUAAGCCCUCAUAGACGCACCCUAAAAGUUCAUGCGAGUCACACGACAAAAUUAAAUUGUGGCCGCAACGUAAAUUCACCGCGUAGCCAUGGCGCACAGACAUCCCAGCGCGCUUCCUAGAAGUCUUGAUUGCGCAUGCGCAACAUCAAUCUACUGUGUUUCCGUUCCGCGCCUGCAGUUCUCUCGGCUCUCCCUGGCUCUUCCUUCUGGCAGACCAUCUCAUUUGUUCACCAUAGAGCUUGAGGAGAGGCGCGUUGUUUCCCUUGAGAGACCAUGGCUUCUGCACGGGCAGAUAUCUGCCUUGCCAUUUCUUCGCCUGACGCCAUUGUGGCUCCUUUUUGAGGGAUAGUAUUAACGCAUUGGUAGUUGGAAACUUCCUUGCAUGAACACAAUACCAGGAUUGCUGUGUCCAUGUGGCUGCAAUGAUGCUUGGGUUUCAGGGAAGUUCUUCAUCCUCCAAAGUGUAUCGUUGUGUGGCAUGUUCAGCUACUUUCACAGGAUUGGCCUCCUUGCUGGUACAUCAGGCAACCCAUGCUAGUGCACUUUCCAAGGUCUCAGCCCCUCCACAGCCGAACAUCAGCUCACAUGAAACACUGUUUUCAAGCAUGGACUCACCCACUGAACACCCUAGUGCACCAACACUCUUGCCUGAGAGCCCUUCGCCUUCUUUUUAUAUUUGUGAUUGUGGAGAGGAAUUUCAGGACUUCAGUCUUAUGUUGGAGCAUAAGCGUUCACAUGUGUCUCAACUACUGCAACCUCUGGAUAAUAAUAAUGUUCUCUUUGGAACACAUGAAGCUUUCCCCAACCAGCAUGUGUCAUACAGUCCAACUGUUACCCAGCAAGGUUUGGUUCUUAGUUGCUCCUCUAGCUCAGUGUCCCCAGCUGUUGAAUUACCCACAAUAACAGACCAUAAAACAGGUAUAAGUCUGAAGGAUGGCAUCGCCAUAGUAACCGGUCCUCAAGACAAGUGUACACUCCCUCAAGAUGAUGGUGAGAAACAACUUGAGAACAUGUCAGCCCCAGCAGAGAAAAUAUCAGAGACUGUAGAAGACAUAGAUUGCCAAGACAAAAAAAAAUCUGUUCUCAGCAGUCAAAAUGGUGAGAACUUGCCCAGAAAAAACAAUUUAAUGAAGUUGCUGGCAUCAGCAUAUGGGAAACACUAUACAGCUCCUUCGUCUCCAGAUCAGAACGAUGACUCAGUUACCCCCAAACAAGAAGUUGUCUCUGUUGACAUAACACCAGGAACAAAAACUGACGUAUCCCCAAUAAACGAUCUCUCUAUUGCACAGCUGAGGCGACUGCUUGCAACACCUGGUAUAAAGACAAAAGCUCCAUCAAUCAGCAGAGUUCUGAAAUCCAGCAAGAAGAAGGUUGUCUCUCUGACUAAGACAUUCUCACCUGUUGUGGUUCUUGAAACUCGUCAGAAACUGAAGGAUCCCGGCAGUAAUGGUACAUAUGGGAGAUAUCAAUGUGGCCGCUGUCGCAGGGUCUUUCAAAACUUGGAUAGACUGACAGAGCAUCACUUUUUGCACAAAAAGGAGAGGAUUAAAUGUUGCCGUCGCUGCAAGCAGCUGAUUAUCGGGCGGCUGCCUUUGCCUGACAAUCACGUAUGCCCUCAGUUAUCAAACAAGUCCAUGCAGCUGUCAAGGUCUUUAAAAAACAAGUUACCCUUUACCCAAAAACUAGUGCCAUUCCAUAGUCUAAGCAAUACAAGAAAAGUUUUCUUUUGUCCAUUGUGCAAGCACAGUUACGCCCGGAGGUGGAACCUCAAAAACCACAAGUGCCAGGGCCCCAGGUCAGCCAUCUCUCAGCAGGCCUUUCCCUCCAUUCAGAAAAUGCCAUUUUUGAGAUCAGUUAGUAAAGCCAAAACAGAUGCAGAGGUUAAUGCUGGAUCUCAAAUCUCCAAGAGUGUUGCAGUGGGCCCUGAAGUUGCUGGCCAUAUUAAGGUAGAAGUGACCUCUCCAGAUUCAGAGCAGUCUGCUGCUUCACAGUUGCCCUGGACACAUCAACCAAAAAGCUUCUCACCAUUCUACCCCAAAUCUGCUAUGAUGGAGCAGCACAAUGAUGCCUCUCUGUGUGGGAUUUCAGUCCAGAAAGAAGAAAACACUAGCUGGGAUGCAGCAGGAGCUGAUGAUGAAGACAGUAAAGAAGGGCAGUGGACAAUGCCCUUGGAUGAUGAAAUGGAGGUACUUAGCUCUUUAGAGAAAGCUGGUAAUGGACUAGAGGUGAGGAAAUGUGUGUCAGUUGAACAUGCAGAGACAGUGCCCACUAGCCUACGCUACUUUGUCAGAGAUGGUGUGAAACGUUACCCUUGCAACAGGUGUCAGAAAACCUACAGCCGGCCAUGUACUUUGAGGCGCCAUCUACGACUAUGUGCGUUUAGGGUCCGUGCACCUGUAACUGUAGCACAGGGUGGUAGUGAGGGUGCCACUCUAUUAAAUGCCAACAACAUUAAACCAAUGUUUCCUUGUUUUGUUUGUGGGAAAAUUUUUAACCGCAAAGAUAACAUGAUGGCUCACAGAAACAAAUGUCAGUUGCGACAAACAAUGACAGAUGUGGAUAGAGGGACUGUCCAGCAGAGUUUGUCAGGCAAUGCAACAGACUGUCAAAACCAGGAGGAUGAUGGAGGCAACUGGGGAAUUAUGUCGCUGCCCUCCGUGCUUCCAAGGAGGGUGACAUGCGAGUGUGGAGUCGGAUUUACAUCUCCAAGGCUACUCCUGGAGCAUCUGCAGAAACAUGCACAGGAAUCAUACACGUGUCCGACUUGUGGAGAGACUGUUAAUUCCUGGGCAGACUAUGAAGUUCAUCUACAGAUUCAUAUGCAUCCUCAUCACCAACUGCUGAAGGGACUACAACCACAGCGAUCACAACCUCUGUUGCUAAGAUUUCAGCAACAGCGACCUGAGCAGCAGCCAUCUCAGUCAGUACAUCAGCCUCCACACAAGCAGACUGAACAGAUCAGAACAGAUCAGCUUCCAAGUUCAACCAAAAAGCAGCAAAGGAUUGUAUGCACACGAUGUGGCAACACUUUUGCCACUCGCUGUUCACUGCGAAGGCACAUAUCCUGGAAUCGAUGCAAAGGUGGACGGGCUACAAAUCCACCCACAAACCCACCCAAAACAUAUCACUGUUCCCAUUGCAACUCUGACUUUCCGAACACGAUCAGUCUUUUAUUUCAUCAGAGGAGUGGGACUUGCAAGCCUGCCAUCAAGCCUGUGCGCUGUCCUGUUUGUCUUCGCUGGUUUGGCACCGUGGACAGUUUGCAGAAACACCUGCUUACUCACAAACAGUCUGAAUCAUAUCGCUGUGAUGUUUGUCAGGGUACAUACCCAAACCUUAAAUCACUCAAAAACCACCGCCGGAGGAUUCAUCGCAUCAUGGCUGGAGACACUAAGCCAAAAACACAAGAACAGCUGACUUCUUAAUGACACUUUAAUUUUUCUGAAAAAUGUCUGACUUGAGUGUGGUGCAUUCAAACAAAACAAGAGCAAAUGUCCAUAUUUGCCAGUUGUAAUUGACUUUUUUAUUUUGAUGUUGUACAGCCAUAUAAGGUGAUUUUUUUUAUUAUUAUUAUUUUUUAAAGCCCUCCAAGAGUGUAUUAGAGUAGCUGGCCACUGUUAAAAAGGGAUUUGAUAUGCUGUACAUGUUAGUUUUAUCAAGGUAAUCCUUUUCUUACAUUAGCCUGUAAAUGUUUCUCAGUAAUUGGUUAUCAGACUUUUAUCACAGAGGUUGUUGUGCUGUAGCUUGUUGUUCCUGGUGUUAAUAAACAUACCAGUAUGUGAACAUA